GGGCGGGAGCGUCAAUCAGGCCGAGCUUUGAGGAGGCUGGAUGGAGAGUGGGGCCGAGCGGGGACACUGGUGGUGGCUGAGGCGAAGAAGGCGGCGGCGGAGGAGAGGGAGGCGGAGGCCGGCGGAGAGCCGAGAGGAGCUCCGGUAUUCAAGAUGAAUCUCGAAAAACUCAGCAAACCUGAACUACUGACACUCUUCAGCAUUCUUGAAGGGGAAUUAGAAGCCAGGGAUCUUGUUAUAGAAGCUUUAAAGGCCCAGCAUAGAGAUACUUUCAUUGAGGAACGUUAUGGAAAAUACAACAUUAGUGAUCCACUAAUGGCUCUUCAGCGGGAUUUUGAAGCACUGAAAGAAGAAAAUUAUGGUGAAAAGCAACCUGUUUGUGCCAACCCCUUAUCCAUCCUGAAGGUAGUGAUGAAACAUUGCAAGAACAUGCAAGAGAAAAUGUUAUCCCAACUAGCUGCUGCGGAGAGCAGGCACAGAAAGGUAAUUUUGGAUCUUGAAGAAGAGAGACAGCGACAUGCCCAAGAUACUGCUGAGGGAGAUGAUGUCACAUACAUGCUGGAAAAGGAGAGAGAGAGACUCACACAACAGCUGGAAUUUGAGAAGUCCCAGGUGAAGAAGGUUGAGAGAGAGCAGAAAAAGCUAUCCAGUCAGUUGGAAGAGGAACGUGCCCACCACAAGCAACUAUCUUCCAUGCUUGUGUUGGAGUGUAAGAAAGCCACAGCCAAGGCUGCAGAGGAAGGACAAAAGGUCGGAGAACUAAACAUGAAGCUGGAGAAGGAAAGAAGCAAAGUGAACCAGUUGGAGGAAGAGCUGGCAGCCAAGAAGAAGAGGGGCUUGCAGAUGGAGGCGCAAGUAGAGAAACAAUUGUCUGAGUUUGAUAUUGAACGAGAGCAGCUGAAGGCCAAAUUAAACCGCGAAGAGAAUCGCACAAAAGCCCUGAAGGAGGAAGUCGAAAACCUGAAGAAAAUACUUAAAGAAUUAGAGGCUUCUUACAAAGUUGCCAACAACAAGGUUGAGCUCACACAACCCAAUGUCUCAGUGUCAAUUGCAGCUGGCACAGAGGACUGUGGUGGUAGGUCAGUAGCUUGCCAGACAGAAAGUUCCCUGGCUGAGAACACCUUCCAGGGCAGUACUGUUAGACUGGCACACAUGUUGGCAGCCAACUGUGUCACAGCUCCCCAUCCUUAUGCCAAGGUCAAUGGGCACUGUGAUGCUGAUAUACAAGCAGAUGUAGAGGCAACUCAGCCUAAAAUGGAAAACCUGCAGAAGAGUAAGCCCCCUGGAUCAGCUCCUGAGAAUACCACAGAAAACAGUGGCUCCCCUAUAAGAACAGAGUCGCUUUCCCCUUCAAUUCCACCAUUUCCUUCCAGUGGGAUAUCGUUAUCACCAAGCAACACAGCUUCGUCAUCUCUGACAUCCUCCCCAUGCUCCUCCCCAGUCAUGACAAAGCGGUUGGUUGGAGCGUCAGCCAGCAGUCCCAGCUACCAGUCUUCCUAUCAGGUGGGAAUCAAUCAGCGUUUCCAUGCUGCGCGACACAAAUUCCAAUCCCAAGCUGAUCAAGAGCACCAGUCAAGUGGCCUCCAGAGUCCUCCGUCCAGAGACCUGUCCCCCACUCUGGUUGAUAAUUCAGCUGCAAAGCAACAUGCCCGCAAUACAGUCACUCAGGUUCUCUCCAGGUUCACCAGCCAGCAGGGUUCUAUUAAGCCAGUCUCUCCUAAUAGCUCACCCUUUGGCACAGACUAUCGAAACCUGGCCAAUGCAAUGAGUCCCAAAAGUGAAUCUAGCCCAGGCAAAAUCUCCAGCCCAUUAAGUCCGUUGUCUCCUGGAAUUAAAUCGCCGACCAUACCCAGAGCUGAAAGAGGGAAUCCUCCACCAAUUCCUCCAAAGAAACCUGGUCUGGCUCCUUCUCCAGUCAUUCCCACCCCACCAACCAAAACCUCUCAAGCUACUUCUCUGGGCUCUCCUGUUGAUUUGGCAAGUAGCUGCUCCAGCAAUGCUGUUGUAACCAAUGGGAAAGAAAUAGAGAUCUUACUGCCAACAAAUAGCUAGUAUCCAGAGUCACAUUCCAAGUGUUUACCAUUCUUGGAGCUGAAGCACUGUUUUAUCCACUCCAUGUUAUUUAUUUGGUUAGUAGUAUUUAGUGUACUUUUCUUUUGUUUCCCCCCCCCCCCCCCCCAUGAUUAUUAAUAUGACUUGUAUAUUCUAGAGCCUCUCGGUGUCACAUAGCAGCAGACAUACCAAGUAAAAAGAAGCAGUUGAUUUCCUACACUGGUAGCUGACCAGUGGACUAUGACAACAAAAAACAGUCAUUUUAAAAUUAUGCAGAAAAACAUGCCAUGCAAAUUUCCAUUCCAGACAAACAUUUUCUAAGAAGUGCCUGAGCUAAAGCCUGCAGAUAUGAAUGUGAUCCUCUGCAAGCCAGAAGGGAUUGUCCAGCUGCAGAAAGCACAGUUUUUCUGAGUCAUGAAUGUUGAAAUCAAUACUGUUGUUCCUUUCCAGUAGUUUUGUUAACAAUAUGCUACAGAAAGGAAAUGUUCCAAAGGUGAUCAGUCAGUUGUUUCCCUGCUAUGAACAAAGUGAGUUAAUGUAGCUGCAUUGUCAGGUGCACUUUGGCCCCCAUUGCCAAGCUUUAUGCAGCCCAUACUUUCCUGAGAUAUAACCUUUAAAAAAACUUUGGAAGCUUUAAACAAUUAGGGUGUCAUUUUUUUCAGUAAGUAUCCAUUCUUUGAAUAUAUUCUUUCAGUUUAGGUAAAAUAGGUAAGCUGAAGUGCUGAAAAAGUGGGUUGGGUUUUUAAUAUGCCUCAUGCAUUCUACUGUUGUAUUUAGAACUUCUGAGAGCAGGAUCUUUGCUGUUAGUUGACAAAGAUCUUAAUAUUACUUGAACUUAUAAAUGUUAUUCAAUUCGAUACAGGUCUUUGCAUUAGAAAUAUUGGAUCGACUCUGGAUGAUCCAAAGCAAUAACAUAAGUGUUGCUCGAUAUACAACUACAUUGUAUGUCAAGCUGACAUAGGUUUUGAUGAUUAGGUUGGAUGUUUGUAGAAGACAGCUGUCCUCCUGGCAGCAUUGUGGAAACCAAAUUGUUGAGUUUUUGCCAUAGAGAGGUUCAUAUAUGUAUGUGUGUGUAUAAAGAGAAAGGGGCAUGCAUGUUAUGCACCCAGUCCGUUGAGUCUUAGUGUGGUUAUAUUAUUGAGGGUCUCCAGAUCUUGUGAAGAAAUUGAGAAAAUGACACUUACAAAGCUGCUCCUUCAGCUUUAUCCACUUUAUUUUUGAAAAUCUUUGUCCAAGGAAAGAGAAGAUCGCUAGGCCAAUAAAAAGGCGAAAGCAUUUCCUUCCUAAUGGACUUCCAUUCUCUACAUCUGGCCCUCUCUGUGAACCAACAGUUCUGUAACCUGUUCAUGUCAGAAAUUUAUGCUAUAGGCUGCUUUACUCUAAGAUACUACAAAAGGGUGUGCUCAAGGUCAGGAAUAUGUUGAUUGUCUGCCAACUGACUUUGAGUAAAAGUGUAUGUCAGUAUCUACAGAAACAGAUGCUUCCACUGUCAUAUUCUGUAUUUCCUGGACCAGAAGAUCUGAAAUCAUGCUGAGAUACCGGAUUAGAUUGGGGAACAUGUCAGCCUCUGGAUAAUGUUGGACACUAGUUUCUGUCAACCCCAGUCAUCAUGGCUCCUGCUGGGAAUUGCAAUGCAGCAUCAUCUGGAGAACAACAUGUUUCCAUUCCUACACUAGACCAAAGCUAUUGAAUACUUCUUUCAAAAAAUGUGCUGUAUAUGGGAUAGCUAGUAGUCUCCGUUUCCUAAUGUUUUUAUAGAAAUGCUAGACAAGUAUUUGAGCAAAUGGCUAAUAUUUCUGUGACUGCUAUUUUCAAACACACAGAUAUGUAUUUGUUCAGUAUACUGUGUUUCCCUUUGGCCUUUAUAUUAACAAUACUUGAUCAUUACUUAUAGGAAGAUAGGAAACAACUGCAAUAAGCACAUAAACCAUUUAGUUGUGAAGUACAGGUUUUUCAGAAAGGGUUGCACAACUAAAAAAUAAUUGAAUGAUUUCUUGUCAGUUUUGCUCCUAAUCUUAAAGGGAAAGUAUUGUAGCAGCUCUUUAAAAGUAUUCCCUUGGUGUUUACACUAAUUUGUAUCCUUUAUGAUAUAACUCUAUAGAGAUUUAUAUACAAUUAUGAAUUUUAAUAGGAAAUGCACUGAGUACUGUAUUCUGCAAUGGAUUGUAGGAAAAAAAGAAUGCAAAAGGAGAUGUGUAUUUUUGCUAGUAGUCUAUCUUCUGAGAUUAAAGUAAGCACAACGUCAAAAGUGGUUCCAGCUAAUAAAGUGAGACUUCUAGGGUUAGUAUUUAAGUUUUCUGUAGACUUAUGUAUAUAGGAAUAAAAUGUUUAAUCUUCUUUUGAUCAUGUAUUGCUAGAAAGGUUUGCCACUGGCUUAACAGGAUUUUAAUGAAGUUCAAACUGCAUAAUCUAGUAUUAAUUUUCAUUAACAUUUGUAUAUUUGUAAAGUCAAAUGUAUGGAACAGAAGUCUUUUUUAUCAUUUUUAUAGCUGGCAGCAUUAAACAUGUUAAACAUUCAUACUAUCAAUAAAGGUUUUUAUUUUUAUGAUUUGAA